AUGGGGAAGACACGUGGUAUGGGAGCUGGCCGCAAGCUGAAGUCCCACCGGAUAAGGCAAAGGUGGGCUGACAAGGCCUACAAGAAAUCCCACCUUGGGAACGAGUGGAAGAAGCCAUUUGCUGGCUCAUCUCACGCCAAGGGCAUUGUGCUCGAGAAAAUAGGCAUUGAAGCUAAGCAGCCAAACUCUGCCAUCCGUAAGUGUGCUAGGGUUCAGCUCAUUAAGAAUGGAAAGAAAAUCGCUGCUUUUGUCCCCAAUGACGGUUGUUUGAACUACAUUGAAGAAAACGAUGAGGUAUUGAUUGCCGGGUUUGGACGUAAGGGACAUGCUGUGGGAGAUAUUCCUGGUGUUAGGUUUAAGGUGGUGAAGGUUUCUGGUGUUUCACUUCUGGCACUCUUUAAGGAGAAAAAGGAGAAGCCAAGGUCUUAA